AUGUAAUAAAAGUUGAAAGGAGAACAAAAUUUUUGGAAAAAUAUAAUAUUGAAAGAACAAAAUUUGAAUUAUCUUUAAGGAACAUUUUAUUUAAAUUAUUUUGAAGAAAAAGUCCCAAACUAAUCAAAUUAACAGCGUACAGAUACGUGUGAAUCACUAAAAAAUGAAACUUAGUAAAAAAAUGAUGAGAGUUCAGAAAAAUUUGAAGAAAAAUUUUAGGAUGAUUUUUUAGACGAAUCCUCUAUUGAUUCAAGCUUAGAACCUAUUUAAUAUUGCUUUAUGGUAUCAUACCUAAUAAGUCCAAAUGAAUAGUAUUUAGUAGUGAAUACAAAAUAAGUUAAUUGUUGGUAAGUUUCAGAUAAAAUAAUCAUUUUAGACCUUAAAAAUAAAAUGGUUUUUUCAUUUUAGUUUAAGACCGAUCAUACUGGAGCACCUCCUACAUACUUUUUAUCUGAUUAUUUAAUAAGUGUUGAUGCAAAAUAUGGCGAAACUGUGUAUUUUAUAUUUUUGGAUUUAUUAAAUAAUUGGGGAUAGAAGUUUAUUAUAACCUAUAAUUAUCCAAUUAUUUAAUUGAAUUAUGAUAGCUACUUGAAUUGCAUAUUAAUAUUGACCAAAAAAAAUAAAAUUGUAAAAUAAUAGUUGAAUUUAAUAAACCUUAACUAGGAGUUAUAAACAGUGCUGAAUUUUAAAAAUGGAUGGCCAGAAAACAUGCUGGACAGUUAUCCUUUAUAAAGUUUACAUAUUCUUAAUGAUUCCUUUGCUAUAAUCAGUAAUAGCAUCAAUUAAUUGUUUUUAAUAAAGAUUAGUAACCAAAUAUAAGUAGUUAAAUACUAUUAUUGGAAAUCUGUAAAAUCUGAAGUGAUUAAAUUACCUUUAAAUAAUAGUAUGGCUGUAAUGAGCAACUAAUUAAAGGAUAUCUCACCAAUAUUAGUUGAUUAUUGUAGGGGAAGAUUAAUUAGAAAGGCACCUAAAGGAGGGGCUAAUAGUCAUCUAUAUUCAUAUAAAGGAUCUUGUUUCAUAUCCAGCAUUUAAGAGGAAGACAGUUAGGGGGUAAUUUAGUCGUAAGGAAUGAUAUUUGAUAUUUUAAGAGGAAAUCUAAAAUAUAGAAAUUUGAUGGAUAAGGUUUCGCUUGAAUAAACUAACAUUAAAUUUACUCAUAAUAUAAUUGCAUAAUAUUGCAAUGAUACAAUUAACUACAAGUUGAUAUUUUGA